GACUGAGCGCUGGAUGAGAAAAAAAAAGAAAAAAGUUUGGAGGUCUCGCUGAAGUCACUUUUCUCCAGCUAGAUUCACGCAUGAGUACAUUUUCUCACCUCGAGAGGCUUUCAGUUCAACAUCUGCAUCAGGAAUCAGUCUUAGUGUUUACCCCCGGCUGUGAUUUCUACGACUUUUUAUUAUUUUUUCUCUCCUGCAGGAAUACAGAGAGAGGAGGAGGGGGCGGUCUGGCUGCUUGAAGUUUCGACACCAAACUUUGGCGACAUGGACGCGCACCGCGGCGCGCCUCCGGCCGGGCAGCAGAUCGUGCACGUCCGCGGGGACUCGCAGACGGAGCUGGAGGCCCUGUUCAACGCCGUGAUGAACCCCAGCAGCUCCGCCAGACAGCCGUCCUCGGUGCCCAUGAGGAUGAGGAAGCUGCCCGACUCCUUCUUCAGGCAGCCGGAGCCCCGCGGACACUCCAGACAAGCCAGUUCGGAUGGAGGCGUGUGCGGCUCCCUCACCCCUCAUCACGUCCGCGCCCAUUCCUCCCCGGCCUCCCUCCCAGUCAACUCGCUCUCCACUCAAGCAGCAGAUGUGGCGACGACGCCGAUCAUACCCGAUGACGUGCCGCUCCCCCACGGUUGGGAAAUGGCCAAAACGGCAACCGGCCAGCGUUACUUCCUCAAUCACCGGGAUAAGACGACCACUUGGCACGACCCUCGUCUUUCGCAGCUUCAGUCGGCUGCAGCUCAGCAUCCUAUCUCUGGCCCUCCGGUCCAUGCCCACUCCCUCAGCAACCCAGCACCCACUACGCAACCACAAAACAUCAACCCAGAGACAGGUCCACUGCCUGAAGGCUGGGAGCAGGCUGUGACUGCAGAUGGAGAGGUGUACUACAUCGAUCACAUAAAUAAGACCACCACAUGGGUCGACCCGCGUCUAGCCCAGAAGAUGAACCCUGGCCUCCUUGGUUUGGCAAUGCAGCAAAGGCAGGAAAAGGAAAGGCUCAGAUGCAAGCAAGGCUUGCCUCCACAGAUCACAUCACAGGAUGCAGGAGGACGGAGCCAGAUGCCCGGCGGGAUGGACCACGACAGGAACACACAGACACUUGUUCCUCCUCUUGAUGUGAGGAUCAGAGCAUCGAACCACGAACCUACACUCAAUGGCGCUCACUCUCGCAAUGAGAGCACCGACAGCGGUCUGAGCGUCAGCAGCCUUCCCCGUACGUCGGACCACAUGCUGAGCUCUGUGGAUCACAUGGACACAGGCGAAUCUGUCGAACCCCCCUCUAUGGCCCUGCAGGAGUCGAUGCCUGUGCUCCCGAUGUCUGAGGGCGAGGAGCUAAUGCCCUGCAUCCCCGAGGGUCUGAGUUCAGACCUUCUGAUGGACAUGGAGACUGUUCUGUCUGGGUCGCACAUGGACAGAGACAGCCUGCUCACCUGGCUAUAGACACACCCAGCGGCUGGUCAAACGUGGUUUGACGUCAGAUUUUCUUAACAUGACUGAGAAUUCUGGAGGAUUUUUGCCUUCAAGUAGUGGUACAGAGCAACAUUACUGAGAGAAUAUGCUACUCUUGUGUGAUGGACCCCUAACACUACUCACAGCCUGAAGAAUGACUCUCACAGAAGGUGGUAAGCUGCUUGUAUUUUACUCUUUGUUUUUUUUUUUUGGGCCUGGUUUUUUACAGAGAUGCAUGACGGAUCAUCCGUAUUUUUGUAACACUCCUUUCUUUUUAGUGUUUGACCUCAGAUGUCUCUAGUUAAGUGCAUCGAAGCUAAUUUUGGAGCCCAGAUCUGUUUGUUAUCCUCACUGGGGAUGGGUUUGCAGCAAUAUAAAUGGAAAAAUAACAAAUGUAGCAUGAAACACUAAGAACAAAUCUCAUCCACAUUCCCCCUGGUUACACACAUACCCUGCUGGAUUAAAGAGCAGUCAGUAACUUGUGAUUUUUAUCCACAUGGUCACAGUUGUGAAAAAAAACACGAAUGAAAGAUUUUUACCUGGAUUAACCCCAUACUGGUUACAUUAUAGAUAUCAAAAAUGCUUAUCUCUUGCUAUCCUGCACAGAAACUUCAAGGGAGAGAUGACACACCCUUGUGGAGAGCUAGAAGAGAAUUAAACACUAAAAGUUGUCCCAUUUACUCCUAAACUUUAGAAACAGUUAAAAUACUCACAAACCACAAUCAUUUGUCUGCAGACCUCAUUCCUAAGUAAUCAAAGCCUGAUUUCACAUUUCGGAAAACAAAAUCCACAGAGUAGUGCCUCUAUGUAGAGCAGUCUGUACUGGAGGCACUGAAACUACAAUCCAGCCUGUUUUCAGAAUCCCUCUUCACACAAAGGAGCAUUGCAACAUACAGAAGAUGUCUUCAAUAAAAAUGGACACAUGAUCAGUAUAAUGCAGCGUAGUCCAACACAAUGAGUAAACUGUAGUCUUCAUGUGGUCUUUUAGUUUCUAAAAUCAUCUGUGUAGAACAUUAACUCACCUCUGCAGGGAACACUGCAGCUUCCUGGCUGUAAAAUCACCUAUUUUGAAGUUACUAGUAUUUUGGUUUUGUUAAUACUGUUUUUUUUUUCUUGUAUUGCAUUGCAUUUAAUUCUAUUGAUUGUCCACAGCAACAUUGAAUAUAAACUUCACAAAGGUAGUAUUUAUUGAAAGUUAGUUAUGUUGGAUUGAGUCAUUUUGGAUAGUUGUAAUUUUAUGUCCAUUCACUUUGUUCCCAAGGCCCAAUUCUUUCCACAUCCUGCAAAUUAAAUGAAAACUAUUGAAUUAAUUAAGCAGCACCCCCUUAACUUUGAGAAUUAAUUGUUUUUAAUUCCCUUUUCUCUGUUUUCCCACUAUUGGCUUGAUACAUUCCUAAUAAUUUCCUUUUUUUCUCUCAAAGAAAGAUGUGCAAGCAGCAGUCAAUUUAACCACGCACGUUUUAGCUCCUUAACAUCAAAUCAUGUGCCCUUCUUCUUUUUGCUGACCAGUUUAGAAUGUAGUCUGUGACUCUAGAUUAUUAGUUGCAUUUUUCUCACCGUUUCAGGAUUUAUUGUUUCCAUUUCAUCUCUAAAAUCAGUUAGUGGUGUCUAUAGACGUGCUGCAUCAAAUAUAUUUCAAACUUGCAUUGUUGUGACAUGUUGUCUGGGCUGCAUCACCACCAGUGUCACUACACAAAAAAAGUUAUGCAAUAGUUUACUUAUUGUACAAAGUCGUUAGUUACACUGCGUGUUACGUUACUCUGCAACAUUAAGAUGCCAGUGUAGCAUUAAACCUUACAUAUGACCACAUACAGGCACAAAUCUCUCUCAUGAUAAGGAGGACACACAUAUGUUCUGUUUCCCAUGCUCUUUGACAAAAUAUUUCUACUGCACCAACAGCAAAUUUGGUGAAAACUAGCCCAAAGAAUAAACUGUCAUGGUGGGACUCAAGGUGUCACUUUCCAAAGUACAAAAAGAGAGACUGGAGGACACCACUUAAUUCUCAGCCUUCUAUUGUGCCAACAGACUAAUGUUUAACACCACUGUGUCUUAAAAUUAAAGUCAAAAUGGACAAAAACAUUAGGCAAAUGGAUAUAUUCAGCCUAAACUAGGUGUACCGUUGUUAUUGGAUAAUUGGUGGAACAGGGAUUUUAAAUCUAUUGGAUGAUAAAUCCAAAGGUGAGAGAUGUCAUAAUCACAAACAAGACAGGAAACAGAGACAGGAAAUUUUCCUUUCUGAAAGGUAAAGUGAUACAGACACAAAAAACAUACAAACAAUACAUGAGAACAAACAUCUGUCAGAGGAAACACCAAAUCAACUAAUUCUUUGAUAUGAGAGAAGGAAUAUCCCUCUGAAGUUGAAGCAGAGCUCCCAUUUUUGGACUAAUUUGCUGCCCUCAAGGUGAGAGGAACUGCUUUUUGCUAGAAGAUACACAGAGGACAUUAUUUCUACUAGAUUUAAUGUGACACUGAAGUAACUGAUUAUUUACCUGUCAUGUGAUUAAUGGAUUUAGGAACAGACAAAUGUAAUGUGAUCACAGCUAUGCAUUACCCCAACACCGAUCAACAUACAAUGAUACUUUUAAUACUAAAACCUGACUUGAUGUUUACCAUAUGAUGUAGUUUCUAACUUUAAGAACAAAGCGAGGUACAAACCAAACCCAUCAAACUUAAUCAAGGUGUCUGAGGCUGUUUCUAAUUUUCUUGCAAACAUUUUGCCGAUCAAUCAUCUAAUAAAUCAACCCAGAAACUAUGUAUAUUAUUCAAGAUUGACAUCAUCCUUUUAAGAAAAAACACAGCAAAGCAAUUUUUAAAAAGUUGUAAUAGAUUUAAAUAUGUGUAAUGUUACAAUCAAAUUUUCAGAAUAUCCUCUUAAAGAUACGGUCUUUAAUUUUCUUCUACUGAUGAAUAAAAAGGCUGGAUUUUCCUUUUUUUAGUACGAGGCAACAAAUUCAGUAUUUUUCACUUCAUUCAAAGCACAGUUUACUCAAAUAAUCCUGAGAUAUUUUCAAGCCAGUCUGUAAUUCUUUACUGUAGAUAAACUGAGUCUACAGGAAUGAAAUGUGCAACAGAAGCAAGUUCCAACAUCCUAUACUGACAAUUUUUAUUUUUUUUUGUAUUGCGUGGACAUGUAUGACAAAACACAUCCAUAUUUCCUUAUUUUCUUCCUUAAACUUUCGUUUUCCAAAUCCUUUCCCUUCAGAAACUAUCCUGGUUAGUGCUAAUAAGACGUAAUAUUGCUGCCACUCUGUUGAAUUAGAAUUCCUGUCCGUGGCUUAAGUUUUGUAAGUGGAAAUGCGAAAAAAUAUUGUGCUUCAUAAAUGAACUUCAGAGCUAUUCAGAGAGGCGCGACAUAAGUCAAAGACCCUGGGAAAAACAACAUACUAACUGUGGAUGCUGUGUUCUUGAUAUUUUUUAUUCUAACUGCAAAUGCUAUCUGGUGCUGCAGUGCAGGAGGCAGACGUCAGUAUGGGGAGUUCUUUAACUUUCCCUGUUUAGCUAAACUAUAUAAUGAGUAUAUAAUCUGUUUUUAUCCGCUGGGUUGUUUCUGCCGUGUGUUUAUAUUUUAACUGAAUUUGAGGCUGUUGACUGCAGGUGAAAGCAUUUUGUUCUAACCAGCUUCCUUGUUUUAUAUACGUAAAUAUAUACAGUAUGUAGAGGUAAAAACUUCACUCACAACAUCCCCAAAUAAAGAGCCAUGACACAUUUUUUGUAAUCUUUCUAAAUUAAAGUACCAAACAACUUACAGAGCGACUUGCUGCUCAUACACAUAACGCAACACGCUACCUAGCCUAUUAUUUAUCUUAGCAUGCAUGACACUUGCUAUGUAUGUUUCAUAUAAUGACGUUUAUUAUCCUAUUUACAGAAAGUUUGGAGGCAAUCAGACUUGUUUUGUACCUUUUUAUGCAUGUGAUUUAUAUCAAUUUUCAUUGUAAUCAUUUUAAAGCAGUUUCUGUUUAAUAAACUUUUAAAUACAUCAGAA